GUGGCCGGUAAGGCUCCUUCCCGACAAGGCGGCGAUGUCCGCGAGCCCGGAGCGCGCCGCGGCGGUAGCGGCGGCGGGGCCUCAUGCGCAGCGCGGUAGCCUGGCCUUCGGCCUCCCUCCGGCUCCCGUAGAGCGGGCCGGUGGCAAAAGCAGUAGCCGCCGAGGCCGUGGGGUCUCUGGCUUGUCUUCCUCCUUUUCUUCCUCCUUCCUCUUGGCCGUCGGGUACUGAGCCGGGGGAGGGGAGGCGGCCUGGGUGGCCGGGGCGGGGGCUGCUGCUUUGAGGAUGGGAAUCCUCUUCACCAGGAUAUGGAGACUGUUCAAUCACCAGGAGCACAAAGUUAUCAUUGUUGGUCUGGAUAAUGCAGGGAAAACAACCAUUCUUUACCAAUUUUCUAUGAAUGAAGUUGUACACACAUCUCCUACAAUAGGAAGUAAUGUAGAAGAAAUAGUAGUUAAUAAUACACGCUUCCUAAUGUGGGAUAUUGGCGGCCAAGAAUCCCUUCGUUCUUCAUGGAAUACUUACUAUACUAACACUGAGUUUGUCAUUGUUGUUGUGGACAGUACAGACCGAGAGAGGAUUUCCGUAACUAGAGAAGAACUCUAUAAAAUGUUAGCACACGAAGAUCUAAGGAAAGCUGGAUUGCUUAUUUUUGCUAACAAACAAGAUGUUAAAGAAUGCAUGACAGUAGCUGAAAUUUCCCAGUUUUUGAAGCUAACUUCAAUUAAAGAUCACCAGUGGCAUAUCCAGGCAUGCUGUGCUCUGACUGGUGAGGGAUUGUGCCAAGGACUUGAAUGGAUGAUGUCACGACUUAAGAUUAGAUGAUCUCUACUGACCUCUGUUUGUAGACUUUGCAUAAAUGAAGUGCUGGACUAUAAUUAACCUGAAAGCUGCAAAAAUUAAUGGGUUAGAUAUAUUUAUAAUAAACUGACAAACUUUUUCUAUAAGAAACAAAUUAAGACCACUUCUUUGAAAAGAAAGAUGGAGUCCCACGUUCCAGUUUGCUUUCAUAUUAGUUUCUUCUGAAAUUAGGUCUUAAAGCUGUGAUUGACAUUUCUGUCAUGAUGAAUCCUCUCAGGACAUUGUGUAGUCUGUGGUAAGUAUAAAGGGAGAGGAAGAUAUUUUUAACUACAAGAGCUUUAUUAUCAGUAUAACCCUCCCUUGAGUUGAAUGUUGUCUUUUCGUUCAAUUAAGUAAAAAAAAAUUAACAGCACAAGUAUUAAAUUUCCACUAUUUUUUAAAUGUAACGUUACAUAUGAGAAAGAUGUUUUGCAUCAGUUUGUAUAUGUAUUGUGUGUAUACCUCAAAUUUAGGUUAAUGGCUUUGAUUUAUAUACUAGAGAAAGGUAAAUAAUAUACCUAACCUAAAUGAAUAAUAUGCAUACUUAUACCUAGAAUGAAACCAGUACAUAAAUGUUGACAUGUCACUUAUACUUUGUCCUUUAUGUUCUCUGUAUUGUAUUAACCUACCCAGAAAAAUUUUGCACUGCUCCUUUAAAAAAAGAAAAGAAAGCUGAAAGUUUUUAAUUUGGGGGAGUGGGAGGGGAUCGGACUAAAUCAUAAACACACACAAAACACAUGCUACACUGGAGUGGAAUUCUUAUGCAGUAGUUGAUUUAGUAUUAUCAACUGCUACUAAUUUAUUUCCAGAACGUUCUUUUUUUUUUAGGAUUUAUAUUCUCUAUUUAAGUAAUCUUGUAUUUUAAAUUAUGAAAAUACAAUUUAGGAAGUAAAUUUUCACAGUCAAUUAUGAGAAAAAGCAUUUUAAGUAAUAUGUAUAUCAAAUGGUGUGACCCUUCAAAAAUUUUGAAAUACUGGGUUUUAGUUAGAAUCACUGUACAUAUAUUAAAUUAUAUGGCAACUGUUGAGUGAAUUUGACAUUUUUUUAAAAGAAUGCAUACUGUUCUGGUCACUGAAAUGUGGAGGUUCUGUCAUUGGUUUGUAGUGGCUUGCUAUGGAAGGGAAAAAGUUUUUUUCUUUUUCUUUUUGAGUUUUAAAACAUCAGUAUUUUGAGAACAUUGAAAAUUAUACCUAAGUGACUUCUUCCCACUUAUGUAUUGCUUAAUAACUAGGCAACUAAAAAAAGCAAACAUUUCUGAAUGUUUAUUAUUAUUUCAGAAUGGUUGUGCAUGGUAAGUGACUUUUAAAAUAAUCUAUAUUAAACUUUAUUGCCAUUUACAGUACUUUUACUCAAAGUGCUUAUAAAUGUUGAAUUGAUAUUUUAAAAAAAUUGUUAAAAGUCAAAAUAUAAGCCUCUGACCAUGAACCAUGAACAGCCUUUAUACUAACAUACUAUUGUCAUUAAAAAAAAUUCCUUUGUAUUAUUUUGGCUUAACUUUAAGAUCCCAACUAUUUUAAAACAGUAUAAUCCAAAUUGUACAAGAAGUAACUUUAAACUUAAUGUGAGCCUUUUCAAAAUUAAUGAAGUUAUAGGGAGAAACAAAUGUAUAUAUCAUAAAUAAUAAUAAAGAUUUAAAGGUCAUUGCUACCAAAAUAUGUUAUAAAAAUGAUAAAAUUUUAAGUCAGAAGCAUGUGGUUUUGUUAGAUCACUUCAGUGUUUAACAUAAAGGGCCUAGUGUUUUAUGUUUUUAUAGCCAGUAUACAUUUUCAAGCUUAAAAAGGAAGCAUGAAAAUUUUAAUUAUGUAAAGUAAAGCAUUCAAGCUUUAUUGAUUCUCAGACUCCAGAUACUCUCAAACUUUUUUCACAACCACCUGUUAGGAUAGAGAAGUUAUAGUUAUUUAUCUAAUGCAGAUGAUGUUUUAGACAUGUUUUUCAGAAUUUUUAGCUGUAGUUAAAAGCUGAGACUUUCUUAAAGUGGGGACACAUUCCGCAUCCUUCUGGUUGUUACUUUGACUUUUUUAUUUUGGGUAUUGACAUAGGUCCCUUUAUUGGCUUUCUCCAGGUCACACUGAUGCCACAGUAUGCUCUCUUCCUUAAUGUUUUAUUUUUCAGAUUUAUUGUAUAUUGUUAAAUACACAAUUUAAAUAAAAGUAUAUUUUAAAUAUA